AUGGGUUUUAGAGAAGACAUGCAGAAUCUUCUCACUACUAUACAUGAACAAAAAAACAAAGCAGCAGAUGCAGCAGCAGCAGACACAGCAGCAGCAGGUGCUGCAGCUGCUGCUGCUGCUGCUGCUGCUGCUGCUGAGGGCAGCAGCAGCAAAGAGAAAAAGAAGUUUCAGCUGCUGCUGUUUACGGCGACCUUCCCUAAGUGGGCUCGAGCAAUAGCAGAAGAAUUCAUGAAUAAGGAUAGAGCAUUUAUAGACGUGACAGCAUAUCAGCAGCAGCAGGCAGAGCGGGAAGCAGCAGCAGCAGCAGCUGGAGGAGGAGAAGCAGCAGAAGCAGCAGCAGCAGCUGCAAGUACACCCGGAGGCACAGGCAGUGGGGCUGGCCUAAUUCAGCAUUUAGCAGUGCAGUGUCACUGGAGAGACAGAGUAAAUGCAUUACCGCUGCUUUUAUCUCUCUACUGUUGCCCUGAAGCAGCAGCAGCAGCAGCAGCAGCACCAACAGCAGCAGCACCAACAGCAGCAGCAGCAGCAGCAGCAGCAGCAGAGGAAAAGGCUCUAUGCGUAAUAUUUUGUGAAACAAAACAAGAAGUAAAUGAGGUCGCCCUUGAUUCACCCAUCAGCAGCAUUUGCUGCUGCAUGCACGGAGACUUACCGCAGCAGCAGAGAGACACAAUACUUUCAUCGUUUAAGAGAGGGGCAUUCUUAGCAUUAGCAGCAACAGAUGUUGCAGCAAGAGGGCUUGAUAUAAAGGAUAUUAGAUUAGUUAUUCAGCUGUCGCCUCCUAGAGAUACAGAAACAUAUAUACAUCGCUCAGGACGCACAGGAAGAGCAGGAAGAAGAGGGCUGUCUGUGUUAUUUUAUAAUAAGAAUGAUGCUGAUUUUCUUGUUAAUAUUGAGCAAACAGGACAUUUCAAGUUCACAAGAAUUGCCUUUCCUUCGGUUAGAGAUCUGCAGAAGCAAAGGCUGCAGCAGCUAACCAAGCAGCUGUUCCCUGCUGCAGACUUUGCUGCUGCUGCUGCUGCUGCUGCUGCUAAAACAGAGGCUGCUGCUGCAGCAGGAAAAACAGAAGAUCAAAUCUUGCUGCAGCAGGUUACAAAGAAAGUGCUGCAAGUUGAAAAAGCAGAAGAUGCUGUCUUGAAGCUCCUCAGCUGUUUAACAAGAGAUAAGCAAUCAGCAGCAGCAGGAGCAGCAGCGGCAGCAGCAGCAGCAGGUUCAGGUGUAUCUCCAGCUCCUGUGUCUUCUCUAUCGGGGCGUAGUGGUUUUAUUUCUUACUCUAUUUUAUUUUCGCCUCCUCCUUCACCCCCUCUGAAGGGAUCAUGCUCAUAUGUUUGGCGAGCACUUAAAAACAGAUUCGGGCAGCAAACUGCUGCUGCUGCUGCUGCUGGUCGUAGGGGCGCAGCAGCAGCAGCAGGAGCAGCAGCAGCAGGAGAUGGCGAUGUGCUGGAGAGGAUUGAACAGAUGGUUUUAACAGAGAAAGGAGAUGGUGCUGUCUUUGAUGUGCCUGUCGAAGUGCAUGCAGCGUUUGAAAAGCAGAUUAUCCUUCCGCUGAAAGCAGCAGCAGCAGCAGCAGCAGCAGCAGCAGCAGCAAAUGGAGAGAGAAGAAAAGGGUUUACAAUUCAGCCUGUCACUCAGCUGCCACCGCUGCAGGAUGCGCUCUAUCUAGCCAGACAGCAGCAGCAGCAGCAGCAGCAGCAGCAGCAGCAGCAAAGAAAGAGAGAAGGGGUUUCUUCUGCUGCAUCGCGGCUGAACCCUAAUCAUGUAUCAAACCGAAGAGGAGACAGAAAAGAGAUAAAUAGAAGAGGCAGAGGAGGUGCUGCUGCUGCUGCAGCAGGUGCAGCAGGUGCAGCAGGAAGAAGCCCUUCGCUGCGAUUAAAUAAUAAUAAUAAUGCGUGGAGCAGCAAACGAGACAGAGAAGAAGAGAGAAGAAGAGACAGCAGAGGAGACAGAGGGAUGCGAGGAGGCAAACAGCAGUUUAAACGCCAGCGCAUUGCAUAG